UGCGUUUAUUUGUCCCACACUUUUAGAUAUGCGACCUCAAUGGUUGACAUCUGAUUCAGACCAACUGAGACAUCUUCUCUGUGCUGAAGCUCCUUUAUAGAUUUGUUAUGAACUUCUUAAAAUAUAUGAAAUUUAAAAAAAAAAAAAAAGCCAUAUCUUUUUUUUUUUUCCUAUGGCUCUGGUGUCGUCACUCUUCUCGUCUCGCGGAGCUACGAUACUUUCGCUUUCAUUUAUCAGGAAGAAGCUCCGUAUGAAGUGUAGAGCGAGGUGAAGGUAAGUCAACUCAUAUGCGUCACACAAUUCAUACUUUAGGUGCUGUACGUAUGUUCAAAAAGUUGAUGUAAAGUUUGUGACAAAUUUAGGAAAUAAAGAUUGAAGGCGAACUUCUAACCCAUUAUAGGUAGCUUUAGCGUACCGUAAACAAAAGUGGAGUGGAGCGAUACAAUUCCUUUUUAACGUAAUGUUGACAUUUGGCAUGAAGAUGCAUCAAAUAAUUCACUGUUGGUUGUUCGAACUGGCAGUGGGACAACACGCACUGCGGUCAUCUGUUCAUAUUAUUUGCUCUGUGUUCAAGGAAGGAGACUCAAAAUGUCAGUCUACCACCAAGAGGUGCCCAUGGACAACAAAGAAGAAGUUCAAGUCACUCUCUCAGUCACGUGGGCAGAGGGUUUUCAACAGCAGAAAUGUAAAAUUGAACUGGAGAAAGUUCUUCAGAGUUGGGUCAACAACAAAUACCGUGGAGACUGCAAAGUGUUAAAUGUCUCAGAAGAUGGGAGUGCUGUGAUAAGUCUUAAACCCGCUUCAGCCUUGAGUGAGCUUCAGAAACUAAGUGGACAACAACUGAUGGGAAGAGAUGGAAAAACAGUCAAAAUAAUGUCUGUUUCUACACCGGUAAAGGAGAAGGUGCAACCUAUGGUGCAGCCUAGUGCAGCUUCUGCAGCAGGAGGGGAGCAGUGCACUUGUUCUGUGAACCAUUUCUGGUACGUGAACCACAUCUACAAGGAGGAAAUUAAGCGUAUAGAGAAAGAGAAUGGAGUUAAAAUCAUGGCAGAAGUUAAUGUGACAUUUCAAGGAGACCAGAAAGAUGGAGACCCACAAAAAGCUCUCUCUGAGUUCGCAUGCCUUGUCCAGAAGUGCUUGGGUAAAUCAGAUGUCUCAAUCAUUCCUCUCAAGGAAGUGAAUCCAGAAGAGUGGAAGGACACAGUGAAUAUCAUCCAGAGAAAGGACAACAAGCUUUUGCUUACUGUGUCCUCUGAAGAAAUGACCAUAUGUGGGCCAAGACAAAGUCAAGAUGCCAUCAGAAAGUCCUUAACCGCCACAACAAAUACCAGCACUUGUUUUGGAGAGUCUACAUGCAACACAUGA